AUGUCGUCGCGUGCGAAAGGUCGGCUUUCCGGCGCGACCUUGCCAACUGCACCAAACCCGCCCAGUAUCGAUCCGUAUCCGUUAGAUGAUAGCGACGAAUCUCUCUGUGGCUAUCACUAUGACUAUGACUCGGAUGCCCCAGGACACGGAACAACCCGCAAGAGAAAGCGAGGUGCGCAGAACAAGGAAGAGCUGGAAGAAGCCAAGAGACGUCGCGCAGAAGCUCGAGCAGAGAUUCGCUAUGGAAAGCCACCCCCUGUCCCUGAUCUGUCCGAUGAUGGCAUUGUUGAUUAUGACCAAUCCGAAGACGAAGACAACGGUCUCUGGUCUACCAAGCGUGCGAAACCCUCGACCGAAGCUGCCAUUGGCGUAAGAAAGGGGCUUGCAGAAUGCCACAGUUCUGAACUUAACAGCAUAUCAUACGAUCUGGCCGGGAUCAACCUCAACGUUACUUUGGGUGAUCUCCUCAAGAGCCACCUGGGAGUCCCUGGUAUGGCCUCAACAAACGUUGUGCUUGGACGGAAGAUCAAUCACCCGCACAUGGACAUGGCAGGCGACAAACCCACGAGCGACAUACAUGUGAAUAAGCCAUCUUUCCUCGACCUGCCUCCCGAAGUGCGGGUUCAAAUUUACCGUUUCGCUCUUCGCGGAGAAUGUGCGGUUGAUUUUGGUCGCCGUACCAACUUCAGUCGGUCGUCUGCUCUGUUGAGAACUUGCAAGCAGGUCCACGAGGAGGGUAGGGGGAUCUUGUAUGGCGAGAAUUCAUUCCACUUUGCUCGCUCCUCUGAGGUCCGUGGAAGGUACUGGGAACCAGACUGGAAGGAAAUCGGUUACGAUGACGUCCGACGAUUUCUUGAGACCAUCGGCCCGAUCAACUUUUCCCACAUCAAAUACGUAUCCUUCUUGUUGACCGACGCCUCCGUCAGAAAUUCUCCGCAGACUAGCAUCGAUGAGCGCAGAUACGUGAAUGACGCGAGCUUGCAGCAAGUCUUUCGCCUGAUUGGAGCUCACACCACACUGCGAAAGUUAGCUGUCAUGUUCGGUGGUCGUGCCAAAGUCGUCACUGCCGAUUACCAUUUCUUGAAGGCCUUUACCGAGAUGAAAUGUCACGAGUUCAUCCUGCUCGGAGUGUUCCGAGGGUAUACAACCAAGUUCCAAGACAAUCUCAGAGCGAGGAUGCAGUCAGUCAUGGUGGUGCCAUUCGAAUUCGACGACAAAAACCAGAUCCAUCCGAAACUCAUCAACAAGAACCGAGUUAGCAUGGUCUAUGAGGAAGCUGGUGCGCCAUGUCCCGGUACUUAUUUGAGUUCAAUGACGACUUGA